AUGUCUGCAUUCGGUGGAGGCGGCUUAUUCGGGAACAACAAUGCGCAACAACAACAGCAACAACAACCUGCGCAACAGCCCGGCCAGAGUGGUGGUCUGUUUGGAGGCUUGAGUGGUGGAGGAACAAACACGAAUACGAACGCGGGUGGCGGCUUGUUCGGAAACACUCAGAAUCAAGCACAAGGGGCGACGGGUACAGGCGGUCUAUUCGGUCAGAACCAGAACCAGCAGAACCAACAACAACAACAACCAGGGAACACCGGCGGUCUCUUUGGCAAUAACGCAGGGCAGACAAACACGGGUGGUGGCUUAUUCGGCGCAAACAACGCCUCUACUCAGCCUGCGACGGGUGGCCUAUUCGGCGCGAACAACGCGAACCAGAACACUGGGCAGCAGACUGGCGGCGGUAUCUUCGGUAGCACCAACACUGCUCAACCUGCGCAACCCGGAGGCUUGUUUGGGAGUACGAAUCAACAACAGCAACAACAACCCGCGGCGGGCGGUGGCUUGUUCGGCGCCAACAAUUCUACGGGCCAACCUGCUGCCACGGGAGGUUUGUUCGGCUCGGCGCAACCUGCUGGUGGUGGAGGAUUGUUUGGCUCUACGAAUGCAAACAACACGCAACCGGCUGCUAGUGGCGGUUUAUUUGGUUCUACGAAUAAUGCGCAACCGGCACAGGGCGGAGGGCUCUUCGGAAGCACCGCAGGAGCUUCUACGAGUAAUGCUCAAGGUGGCGGCGGAUUGUUUGGCGGCAACGCGAGUACUGCAGCGAACGCUGGCUCAAGUCAGGGGCCGCUAUUCGGGUCAACGGCGCCUGGACUCUUUGCAUCGAAGUCGACGGCAUCCACUCCUGCACAGCAACAUGUUGACGCGCAAGCUCAAUUCACUCAACUUCAAGCACGUAUAGAACGUAUAGUGGCAUCAUGGAACCCAACCUCUGCUCAGAAUCGCUUCCAGCACUACUUCUAUAACCUUGUCGAGCCUUCAACAGUUCAUCAAUAUGGCAGACCCAACGUUCCCCAUGACGAGGCUCUUUGGCAGCGUGCCGUGCGAGAGAAUCCAGAUCCAUCAUGUCGUGUCCCCGUACUCGCGACGAGCUUCGACGACCUGCAAAAGCGCGUCGACGCCCAGUCGGCGCAGUCCAUCGCCCACCAAGAGAAACUGGGCGAGCUUCGCCAGAGGUUAGCGGGCUUAUCCGACGCUCACGCGCUAAAGAACGCUCCUCGGCUCGCGGCCGCGGUAAACGCCCAAGCGCAGCUGGCGCGUAGACUGCUCGCACUUGUACAACAUUUACACUUGCUCAUUCCCGCGCUGCGUGCCUCUGCGCUGAGCCCCGAGGAAGAGGCGCUACGGGCGAAGUUGGAGGAAGCGGAGGAAGCACUCCGCACGGGGCGCGUUGUCGGCCGCAUGAACGAGCUGUGGGCCCUUUUGGGGACUCUUAAGGCAGCACGGGGUGCGGCGCAGACGCAAUGGGCUGUUGUCGAUGAAGAUGGUCUGGCCCGGCUUGUUCAGAUUCUGAGGGACCAGCAGGCGGGCCUCGCACACGUCACAAACAUCGUGAAGCAGGCCCAGCGCGACGUGCGGGUGAUCUACGGUGUCGAAGAGGUGGAGGAGACUGGGAAAGAGUCAGAGCUUAUGCAGAGCUUCUCACAGACGCUUCGGGGGAGCACGAUUCGUUGA